UUCAGCAGUAGGGUCAAUUGGAUUUGUAAGUGGAAUUCAAAUAAAAUCAUGCUGCUCAAAGUGCUUGUCGUUAUUCUUUCUCUGGUCUCGCCGAUUUUAUCAAAAUCGACUUUGCUGUCCGUGGUUCAGGUCUUCCGUCAUGGUCAGAGGACUCCUUACACUCACUAUACCAAUGACCCUUACUCGGAUUCGGCAUAUUGGCCUGUUUCAAGAGUUAACCAAUGUUGGCAAAACUCAGCACUACAGACUUGGUCAAUAUACCCGUCAGAGGUACAGCAAUUUUUUACCAAACGCUUAUUCAGAAAAGUUUUUUUUUGCUCAAACGACAGAUGUCGAUAGGACUCACAUGUCAGCUCAGUGUAACCUCCUUGGGCUGUUCCCUCCUACUGUAACGGAACUAUGGAACACUGAGAUAGCUUGGAGUCCCAUUCCCGUUCACCCUUCAGAUCCAGCUGUCAUGAGCGCGACUUCAUCGUGUCCUGCCUAUUACAGGAAAUACAACAAAGUAUUAAAAAACGAACCGUACUUUCAGAAUAUUGACAAAACGUAUGCAGAGACGUAUGAGUAUCUCACAAAAUACAGUGGCGCCAAUGUUACUUCUCUGAGUGGCGCUGGGGAUAUUUUCGACAGUCUCCUUAUUGAAAAUGAAUUUGGUUACACUCUACCUUCUUGGUCUGAUGCAGUUUUUCCAGAACCACUGGCAACAUUAUCGGGGUACUUAUUUGAAAGUUUUGCAUACGGUACCAAAUUAACUCGUCUCAGUUCCGGAGCCUUUCUCAAUGAAGUCAUAGAACACUUCGAGAAAGUGAAAGAAAAUUCCUCAGGUGAAUUGUUCCGAAUGUACAGUGCUCAUGACACCAACAUAGCAACAAUCCUUUCUGGCUUGGGAUCAUUCAAGCCUCAUGCCCCUUAUUUUGCCAGCACCAUCUACUUCGAGCUAUGGAGGUCUUUCUUGGGAUCGUACUAUGUCAACAUUUAUUAUAAGCAAAAAGAUGUUGUCGAGAAGAUAACUCCACCUGGGUGUCUUCAGUUUGAUUGCAAUCUAGAAAAUUUAAGGAAUCACCUUAGUGACGUCCUCAUUGACAGCCCUACGUUGAAAAAAGAAUGUGUUUGAAUAUCAACAAAAAAAGUUGGCGAAAGAACUACAAACCAAUAAAAUCGCCUUUAUAAUAAAUAAUGUAGAGAAGAAUAAAAACAAAAUUUAAUUGUAAUAUGUAAUUGAAACAAACAAUAACUGGGUCAUAAUAAAAAAAAAUUUUAC